AUGAAGCCUGCCGAGAAGCCCGCGCUCAAGUUCGAUGACGUGCUGCUGAUGGUCGGUGGCUCGGGCCGCUGGCAGCUCUACAAGAUCCUCUGGUUCUCCAAGUGCUCGCUGAUCCUCUGCUUCUUCAUGAUGGCGAUGAUCUUCCUGGGCGCCGUGCCCGAGCACCGCUGCGCCGACGGCUACGGCUCGGACGUCACCUUCGCCGACCUACCGGCAGACGCCGUGAGCUGCCCCGCCGACAACGGCACCUGCGCCCGCUGGGUGUACGACCGCUCCGACCUGGGCAACACCAUGGUGACCGAGUGGGAUCUCGUCUGCGAGCGGAAGCCGCUGCUUGCGCUGGUGCAGUCGCUGUCGAUGGUCGGCGGUCUGGCGGGCGCCCUGCUUACCGGCACGCUCAGCGAUCGGUUCGGCCGGCGCCCGGCCGCGCUCGCCGGCUACCUGCUAUUCACCGUCACCGCUCUGGUCACCAGCCUGGUGCGCGACUACCGCCUCCUAUUGGCCGUUCGCUUUCUCUGCGGCAUGGGCUCGUCGUUUUCUCUUUCGCCGACCGUCGUGCUGAUCCUGGAGAUCCUCACGCCCGAAUGGCGUCUGCUGGUCGGCAUGCUCAUCCAGGUGCCGUUCGCGCUCGGUCUCAUGCUGAUCUCGGGGCUGGCCUACCUGUUGCCCACCUGGUGGCACCUGCAGCUGGCGCUAGCGGCGCCAACGUUGCUCUUCGCUGGCGACAUCUGGCUAAUGCCCGAGUCACCACGCUGGCUGGUGGCCAACGGACGUUUGAAGGAGGCAGCGCAGCUGCUCCGCCAGAUCGCGCUCGGCAACGGCGCCGCGCUUCCCACCGACGAGAGGCUGAUGGAGAUGCUGAUUGAGGUCAAGGGCACGGAAACCGAUGGAGAGAAGCAGCUGGUGGGCACGGAGCCGACCGGCGUCUGCACGCGCGUCCUGGGAGGUCUCUGGCAGCUCGUAAGGACGCCGCGCAUGCGCCUCUACACGCUCAUCACGUACGCCUGCUGGCUGGCAUCGGGCGUCUCCUACUUCGGCAUCUCGUUCGACAUUGGCCAGCUCAGCUCCAGCCGCUACGUGGCCAACUGCCUGUCGGGGCUGGUCGAGGUGCCGGCGUGCAUCCUGCCGUGGCUGAUGGCCACCCAGUGGGGCCGGCGGCCCACCGUCUGCCUACUCUUCCUGCUCACCACCGUCGCCAUCCUUCCAACGAUCGCCAGUGCCGACGUCCGCCUCCGGCUGCCGCUCGGCCUGCUCGGCAAGUUUGCCGUCACCGCAGCCUUCGCGCUGCUUUACAUCUACACGCCCGAGUACGUGCCGACCACGUUGCGCACUAUCGGCCUCGGUGCUGCCUCGGUGAGCGCCCGCAUCGGUUCCACCGUCGCCCCGUUCGUCAUCGACGUAGCGACAGAUCUGCACCCGAGCAUGCCCGCCGUCAUCUUCGGACUGCUAACGCUCAUGGCGGGAAUCAUGGCACUGCUGCUUCCCGAGACGGCCGGCAGGCGGCUGCCGCAGACUGCGGCCGAGGUGGAGCUCGGCGUCUGGCGCUCGGAGCGGGCCGCGCGCGGCGAGAAGCUGACUGACCUCUGCCCCCGGCUGAAGUCCGGCAAUCGCCAACAGGCACAGGGCCAGGCAGAAAACAAGUGCUGAGACUGGCAAUGCGGUAGUUGCGUCGAGGGAGGGAGGGGAGGGCAUUUGUUGCCAGUCAGUCAGGGAUGCAUUUUGUCGGCCAUUCAUCCCGUCAACUUCAACCGGUCGGGCUGCUAUUGAACAAGCAAAUGGCCCCAGCAAGGACUCAGGAUAGCGCCGAGUGUCUGAAGUGAACUUCCGGCCCAGGGGCGUAUGUAUUGAAACUGACACACGAAGCAGCCCGUAAAAUCCGCAUCGUUUUCUUUCUCAAGUUUUACAUUGCUAAGCUUAAGAACAUUGAAUACUAGGGAAUG